ACCCUGGUAGUCGACGUCACGUGACUUUGCAAUCAGUAAUGUUACACACGAUCAACCAGGUGGCAACAUUUGAACUUGAAAACUUAUUCAAUUCAAAACUUAUCGUUGAAAACACGUCUUUUAUAUUUGGUCUUAACUUAAUUGUUAUGUGAUACUCUUAUGACGUCAUAUUGACUUCACAUAGCUCGACGUCAAGGGUUAUGUUUAGUACGACGCUUCACAUUAAUAUCCGGACCUCUUUAAAAGAUGUGACGACUUUCUACCCUCCAACUGAUAGAAAAUGGUUUCUGUUAUUGCAACGUCACACUCGUAUUCACAUUCAGGAAUCAUUGGUGAUGUUCAUUUGUGUCGUCAAGUUUGAAAUUUAUGCGCAAUACCGUCUGGAAGAAAGUCAUGGAGAGGUAUUGUCAAGAAAACAGAGAAAGAUAGACCACUACGAGCCCGAAAGGUGACCGGGCGGUGCCAAAUCAUAUAACAAGACUUAAAGUUAUAGCCAGAUUGGCAGAUCCAAGAUUUACCGGUACAAAAAGAGGCCAUUUCUGCGUUACCUUAACACCUACAUGAUAUACACAGACAUAUAAUCAAAUAAAUGGAUGGAAACCGCCAAAUAAUUAGCAUAUGUCAUUAUUCGUGUUUGAUUCUGUCUGCAGUGAUGGUGAUUUCUAUGAAUCUAUUUAUGCGUGAUUAACUGCCACAUACCGGCCAUUGAUUAACGCAGGGCAUCGUUUUAAGAGCUGUUUGGCUUUGUUACUGGUACAUUUCUGUAUCACAGAGGGAACAAGCAGGAGGGAUAGGAACUCCAACGCCAACUCCACGGACUGAGUACCGGAAUAUCGAAAUCCAAGUAACGUAAGAUUACACUUAAACCCAAACUGCGAUGGAGGUGAUGAACUACUCGUCUGAAAACAGCUCUGCAAUAUCGGGGCUGAGCGAGUGUGAAUUUCCGAUGUUAAACCUGACGGACGAGAGCAAGGCUGACGUUUACAUGCUAAACGCAGCAACAGCGAAGGUGAUUCUGACAGUCAUGUUCAUCAUCCUUGCUUUCGGCGUGCCGGGGAACAUGGCGUUUCUUCUUAUGGUAUUUCGCGUGCAGGCCAUGAGGAACGCCACUAACAUGUAUCUGACCAGCCUAGCUGUGGUGGACCUAACCUUCCUUUCCAUCAGCAUCUUCAACUAUUUCUUGUACUUCAACAACUCGAUCCGCACUCAUCUGAAAACCACGGAGUUGGUCGGCUGCGUCGGGGCUUUCAUCCUUCCGUACUUUACCUACUUCCUGUCAGUAUCCACCGUGACCCUAGUGACCCUUGAUAAAUAUAACGCCGUGUGCAACCCCAUUAGGUACGUCAAAGGGCGCAACAAGCAGCGAGCACUCUGGCUUAUCAUCGGGAGCUGGGUGGUUGCCGUGCUGCUGGCCGGCCUGAUCGCGCUCCGCUUCGCCAAGUUAACAAGGCUGUGCGCCCUGUGGCCUGAAGGAGAAAAGUACCAAGACCUGCCAGUGCUCGUCGGAUACUGUGGCGCAGUCUCGUCGGCCGGAUUGAUAAUCGGGCAUGUGGUGGAGGUUGUGGUGUUCUUCAUAGCCCUGGUGGCCAAUGCUUUCAUGUACGGUCGGAUCAUCCUCUAUCUCAGUGCCAGAGUUGACAGAAAGAAGCAAGAGCAGCAGGCCGUCCCUACUCAGGCCACUCAGAUUCGCAACCAGGUCUCCCGGCUUCUCAUCACCUUUGGUACGGUGUUCUUCCUGUGCCAGUUUCCAUUCGUCAUCAUCUCCCUGACGAAUCUCGUGGACUAUCUCCUUGGGACGCCGCUUGAUGUCUCCUACCGGAAGUUUGUCCUGCCACUGACCAUUAGCCACGUCUUUAUCUUCCUGAACUCUGCCAUCAACCCGGUCAUCUACAACCUGACCAGCAGCAUUUACCGUCAGGCCUUCAAGGAGGUCGUGUGCGGAGUUUGCUUGCUCCGUGAGCGCAAAAGACGAAAGCGUGUGGCUUCGGUACAGCCAGACAUGUGCGAAAACAGCUUUGAAAACCACAUGCUUGCUGAGGAAGGUGAUGUGGAUAAUAAGGAAGCAAACCUGGAGACAAACAUGGAAAUUUAGUUUGCCAAAAUGUGGACAUGGGAACAGACCAAAUCCAACCAGAUAAACAAAAACAUAUAUUUCAACACUGUACUGCAUGUUUUUUUUAAUUUAGUGGUCUCAACCCUAAACGAUCUGUGAGAGGAGCAAAAUCCGCACCCUCCAAAUAUUUUUCUGAUAUCGUCGCAGCGCAUUUUAUUAGCUCCAAGCGUUCACGAUCUUCCUUUAGUAAUAUCUUGCGUCAUAGCACACUUUAUGAAGUUUUGACUCCAUAGCACACUUUAUGAAGUUCUCAAUAUUGUACAGGGAUUCUCUUAAAACGUACUUAGCCAUAUCUCCAUGUUGGAACUAUACUUGUACAACUUUUUGGGCUUCUCUCUCCUCGUCAUAAAUUUCGACUCCAAUCUGGCGAAAAUAGGAAAUACCGUUUCUCUUGCAGCGCCCACAGGUUAACCAACAAUGUAUCUCCCUCUCCACUGACGUGCUCAAUGCACGCGGGCUGAACAAAAAUUGAAUCGAAUUGAGGUCCGUCUUGUUCUUUGAGAAAAAUGGCAAUGUGCAAGAAAGCCCAUGUGAAAGCCUAAGGUGUGACACUUGGGCUGAGGCUGUCCAUCAAGAAAGCUGGCGGCUGCAAAACGAGGUUGUUGCUUUCCGUCCACCUGCAUGAUGCCAACACUAUAACUGUGCCAUUAUGGUGAAUGAACAAAUAACAAAUUAUCGGUGUAUUAAAGUUUAAUUAUUCAAGGACAGUCGUAAACAAUAAUUAAGAUUAGCAUGGCUCAAUAUCAAAAACGAAAUAUAUGAUGGUUAAUUUGAAUAAGUUGAUAAUUAUUCCAAAAAAUGAUUUGAAAUCUAAUUUCGUUUCAUUGUAAAAUGUUUAUUUUGUUUGUUCAAAUGAAGCAAAGACUGUGGACUCCUAACCCCAGAUCAUCAAAGGCAAAAGAGAAGUUUCGUCAUGUUUCCCUCUUUGACUUGGAAACCCUUACAGCAGGUUAUCAAAAGCAUAGCAAGAGAAAUUUCCUCUAUUUUAAAACUGGACAAAUACGACUUUGCAGCAUCUAAGUAUACGGAAACCUUCAAACGAUUCUUUGGAAGGUAAACUUUCCCGUGGUUCCAGAAUUCGAAUGAACACAGUGGUUCAUCCGCCGAAAAUAAUAGCACAGAUUCGCGUCUCUUCGCAAAACAAAAAAACUCUGUUUUAGUAGAUUCUGGCCCUGCUGUUCAGUGUGUUUUUCCGUAGGAAAAAGGUGCAUAGGCUAAUGCGCGCGUAUGUGUUAAUGUAACAAACGUGUUUUUCUCUGCAAGAAAACAAAACUUCAGUUGACCUACUUUUAUGACUUUCCGAUCAGUAAAGUUUGUUAAUGUUCAAGCAACAGACAUGUUAGUGUCUUUUCGUGAAAACGCAAAAUGCAGAUAUCGAGAUGUCUGCCACUGGCAUCAUUAAUAUAAUUUAGACAUUAAUGUUUUGCCUUCAAAGGCACUACAAAUGUAGGACAACGUCGAAAUUGAAAACCAAAAUGCCAUUUUUGACAUUGCCGUCUCUUCGCAAAAACGGUGACGUAAAAACAAGGGCUUUUUGCCAUCGAGGGAGUGAGAACGUAAUUAAAUUACACUCGCACAAAAAAUUUAUAGUUAUCGUUUCAGUUUCAUUAAAAACUUUCAUACCAAAGUAGGAAGUACAAGCAAAAUGUACACAAAAAAUUAAAUAAAGUGUAACAGUUGAAACUAUAAAUGAGUACAUUUUUACAUCAGCUAUUGAAAAGUGGCUGUUUCUCUAUGAUGGGUUCUUUCCAUUAUCCUUUUCUUGGUCUUUUAGAGCACAGGAAAUAAUGUCCAUUAUGAAAGAUGAAUUAGUUGACAACAGAAAAACCUCAUAUUUUAUAGAAGCUCGUGAACUGUUUACUUACUGACUCGAAUGCACAGAAAAACGAAAACUAACAUCAACAAAGGAAUAUUAAAAUAAUUUUUACUGGUAACCAUUUCAUGCAGAGACAGACUCAGAAGACAAUUAUAGUUUUCCUAAAACAAAAUCAUUCCCAUGAGAAAAGUGGCACUCAUAAAACCACGGAGAUCACUUACAAGGCCAUUAACAACCAAUGGAAAAGUUACAAAAGUGAGGGUAUUAUUUCCAGGUAUAGCUGCAUGACAAGGACUUAAACCUUGUGAGAGCUGAUAAUAACAAUGGAAAGUAAUUAUGCAUGCAGUUUUGCUGCUUUUAGUACCGGUAAUAAGCUUGCAAGUAAGCUUUCAACUUGCAGUACUACGAAAUUCAAUGAAUCUUUCCUUCCCAAAAGCUGUUCACGCUUAUUUUUUCUCGUCUCCAUUUACAUAAGAGGAUAAUAAUGAUUCCCUCAACCAAAGAUCCUGUUACCAAGUUCCUAGAUUUGAUGGGUUGGGCACGUUUGCUAUUACACAGGCAAGGCAUGCCCUUGCUGAACCAUAAGCUGACAUAUUUAUCAGGUCUGUAUCGGGUAUUUUCCCUGAUGCAUUUAAAGUAGGAAAUGUUCUACUGAUUCGCAAAGGGAUAACAAACAUGAUAUUGAUAAUUUAAAUGCACCUCCGUGUUGUAUUUUUCUCUCAAAGGAGAUGGUAUUAAGUGCUACCAUAUAGUGCCACUAGAGCUGAGGCUGACCGCAUUUGAUGGCAUUCUCCAGUCCAAACAACCUACAUAAAUUAUGUGUAGCCUAUGCAAUGUGACAUCAUAAAAAGAGCUAUGUUACACAAAACUAUUUAACAGUAACAAAACAGUCUAUCAAGGUUUGGCUUCAGAAGAGAAUCUGUUAAGUGAGCAAUAUUAUAUGGUGCUAAUGAUUUACUAAAAAGGCCAACGACGACAAGGUAUUGACUGUUGGAAUAUUCUUGAACCAUUCAAAGACGUUCUAUUCUGCUGACUAUGAUAUUUUGCUUUCCCAGGCUGGAUCACAAUGGUGUACAAGGAAUAGCCUAAGAUCGAUUUAGGAGUUAUUUGAC